AUGGCCUUGAACGACGCAUGCCUGCGUAAGAUCGAGUACGGCGCUAUGCUAGGUGGUGCUGUUGGAGCUACCUUUGGCGCUCUCUUCGGUGGCUACGAGGCCUCGCGGUACCGAAGUGUUUCUGUUGCGCAACGCGUUGGUUUGGCGGCGCGGGCGACCCUUGGUGGAGCAGCUGUGUUUGGCUUCUUCCUUGCGGUAGGAACAGCGAUUCGUGGUUGCGGUGGCCCUGAUCGUUUUUAG